GUUGGCCGCAGAGGCGACGUUCAAGGGAGCAUUUGUUCAGGACGGGGAAACCGUGCCGUUAUGUGGACAAGCUUGUAACAGUUUGUACUAGUCGUUAAACCGGAUUUAAACGUAAGCGCACGAUUAUUGUUUUUAACCGUGUUGGUACUGGAUCAAAUUUAGGUUUGAAUUUUGUUGAUGAUAUGUCGUAACUCUGUCUAACGAAGUGGAAGCGUUUAGUGUGGAAGGAAGAGGACUCGUUGGAUGCGCCUGUGGAUCCAUGCAACUCGGGUCUGGAUAGCAUUCUCAGGAUUGCAGCUGCAGGCCAUUUAUUGAUGGGUGUAUACUACGAGGCAACACAGCAAGAAAACUGGAAAUCAUUCAGAAGAGACAGACACUGUGAAAGAAUGAAGACAAGCUAGAUAUUGUCUUCACAGUUUUAUCAGAGGUAUAUAUCUACAACCAACUAAACUAGCAAAUGUGUACCUGGACUAAAAAGACUAUCAGAGAAACCUGAAAAGUAACUUUGCUGGUUGAAAGUCAACUUAAAAAGAACACCUUGUCACCAAGUGAUCAAUAUGAGUGCUGAAGGAUAUCAGUACAGAGCGCUUUAUGACUACAAGAAGGAGAGGGAGGAGGACAUUGAUCUGCAUGUGGGGGAUAUACUGCUGGUUAGCAAAGGAGCCCUGGUGGCUCUUGGGUACACCGAUGGGCUGGAGCAGAGGCCAGAAGAGAUUGGCUGGCUGCCAGGCUUCAAUGAAACCACUCAGGAAAAAGGGGACUUCCCUGGGACGUAUGUCGAGUUCAUCGGGAAGAAAUGGAUCUCGCCCCCCACACCCAAGCCAAGGCCCCUCAGACCCUUACCUGUAGCUCCGGGUGCCUUCAAGGCGGAGACAGACUCCGACUCCGAGCAAGUCUUCUGUCUGCUGGACUUAACGGAGCAGUUUUCCCUUCCAGAGACCUCUCCACCCAUGCUCGCCAGACUGCUGGAAGCUAUUGAGAGGAAAGGUCUGGAUAACCCCACAUUGUAUCGAACAUUUACUGCUGGUGGUGGACUUGAAGUCAGACAGUGUUUUGAUUGUGAUCCUCCCUCAGCAGACUUGGAUCAGUUGGAGCUUCCGGCCCUGUGUGAUGGUCUGCGCAGGUACCUGCAGGAUCUCCCCCAGCCCAUCAUCCCCACUGCAAUAUAUGCUCAGAUGGUCCACACCGCCAAAGAGGUGGUGAAUCCUGAGGAAUGUGCCCAGCUGCUACGUUGUAUUGGCAGCACCCCGAGCCUGCCCCCCCAGUACUGGCUCACUCUACACUGUCUGUUAAGGCAUUUCGCUAGAGUUUGCCAAAACUGCUCCAAGAACCUGCUCAGCGCCAGAGCCCUGGGUGAAAUCUUCAGCCCUGUGUUUUUCAGACAACAGGCCACCAGCUGUGAACCAAGCUUGGAUGCUCACAUCAAGAUUAUUGAGGUUCUGGUGAUGAGUGAAUGGACUGAAAAUCAGACAGCACCAGCUCUACCUCCAAAGCCGCCCAAGCCCACAUCUGUGACUAAUAACGGUAUGAACAACAACAUGGCUCUACAAGAUGCUGAAUGGUACUGGGGAGACAUCUCAAGGGAGGAGGUCAAUGAGAAACUGAGGGACACUGCGGAUGGUACGUUUUUGGUGCGAGACGCCUCUACAAAGAUGCAUGGAGACUACACUCUGACUCUGAGGAAAGGAGGCAACAACAAGCUCAUUAAGAUAUUCCAUCGGGACGGGAAGUACGGCUUCUCAGACCCGCUGACCUUCAGCUCCGUUGUUGAGCUCAUCAACCACUAUCGCAAUGAGUCACUGGCGCAGUACAACCCCAAACUAGACGUCAAGCUGCUGUAUCCAGUCUCCAAACACCAGCAGGAUCAGGUGGUGAAAGAAGACAACAUUGAAGCUGUGGGGAGGAAGCUCUGUGAGUACCACCAGCAGUACCAGGAGAAGAACAAAGAGUACGACCGCCUGUAUGAAGAAUACACCAGAACAUCACAAGAAAUCCAAAUGAAAAGGACAGCUAUUGAGGCUUUUAAUGAAACUAUAAAGAUAUUUGAGGAGCAAUGCCAGACACAAGAACGGUACAGCAAGGAGUAUAUUGAGAAAUUCAGGAGAGAAGGCAACGACAAGGAGAUCCAGAGGAUCAUGGGCAACUACGAGAAGUUGAAGUCCCGCAUUAGUGAAAUCGUAGAUAGCAAGCGCAGACUGGAAGAAGAUCUGAAGAAGCAGGCGGCAGACUACAGAGAGAUCGACAAGAGGAUGAACAGCAUCAAGCCAGACCUCAUUCAGCUCCGUAAGACCAGAGACCAGUAUCUCAUGUGGUUGACCCAGAAGGGAGUCAGACAGAAGAAACUGAACGAGUGGCUCGGAAUAAAGAACGAGAACACAGAAGAUCAAUACUCGAUGGUGGAUGACGACGAAGACCUUCCUCAUCAUGACGAGCGGUCCUGGAAACUGGGCAAGAUCAACAGACUACAGGCGGAGGCUCUCCUCCAGGGCAAGAGAGACGGAACAUUCCUGGUUCGAGACAGCAGCAAAGCAGGAUGCUACGCCUGCAGUGUUGUCGUGGACAGCGAGGUGAAGCACUGCGUCAUCAACAAGACCCCCUCAGGUUAUGGCUUUGCUGAGCCGUACAACCUGUACAGCUCUCUAAAAGAACUCGUACUUCACUACCAGCACACAUCUUUGGUCCAGCACAAUGACUCUCUAAAUGUGACGCUAGCAUAUCCAGUCUAUACCCAGCAGAGACGGUGAGGACCCGGAUGUAUCCACAUGGACACAAGAAAAGGCCUCAUGGGAGUUGGAGGUACCCGUCCCAGGACUCCAUUUAAAACAAACAAACAAAAAAAAAACAAACAAAAAAAGAGGUUUUGUCUAACUCAAACUUCAAACCGGUGGAAAAAGAUGCAGUAAAGCCUGAAACAUUUCAGUGACUUUGCCUGACCACCAUCCUGAGGCGAGUCUGAAUGUACAUUUCUUUCUCUUUUGCUUUUUGUGGGAGCACAGAAUCAAGUGGAAACUGCUGAACUCUCCCCCAGCAGAGGACAUUUGAGGCCUUUUCCAAAUGGUGCUUGUUCUUUUAUAAAGCUUUACCAGCCGGGAAUGUCUAAUCGCAGCAGAUAAACCUUCAAAUGGAACUGUACUGACCGGCCACAAGUUUUUCCAUACUAGUUUUUUUUUCCCUUUCGUGUCAUCUGCGUGUGUGUGUGUGUCUGUGUUUCUGCACAAGUGUUUGAGUGUAUGUGUGAUGUGAAUGAGCGUGUGAUUGUCCAUGUGACCAAAACUCACAGAAUCAGGAAACUGUGUGACGUUGGGGGGGGGGUCUUCUGUGUAACACAUCUGCUUGUGUUAACUGUUCAGUAGCAGACCGUGGGUCAGCUGACAAAUGUAGCAAAAUGGCACUUUUAAAACAAAAGUUUAAUUUUUUUGAAAAGACUCCUAUGGACUUUUAUCCGAAGAGCAGAGAGGACGAGACGUCUGCAUCCUGCCUUCUUACUGUUGAGCAUUAUAGUGUAGAAGUAAACUUGAUCUUUACUGUGGGCAGGUGAAACUAUGAAUGGACUUAACUAUUUCAUGUACAUAUGUGAAAAUGUGCAAAGUCAUGAAUCUAAGUGCACCAUACCAAAAAGGAUCAGUUCCUGUUUAGUUAUAUUCUGAUCUGCUAUGCAAUUCUUUCCUCAUUAUUUCUUCAGAAUUGUGUUGUAUUCUGUUGCAACCCACAAUAUAAGCUUGUUUUAUUGCUUGAAAAGUAUCUUUUCCUGUGUAAAUAUCCAAGAGGAUAUUUUGUGUCAAAAUGCCAAGAUACAGUAAAGAAACUGCUCAUAAUUUUUAAAGAUAAUAAUAGCAACAUACACUUUAUUAUAAAUUACUUUAACAGCUGGUAUUAAGAUGGAAAAGAUGAGUAUUUUAUUAGUUUUUUUUCACUUCAAACUAAUGUUCUUCUAAGGCAGAGCCUUUUGAGUGUUUGAGCUGCGUUAGUCACAAGUUUCUUACAGAGUUCAGCCUGCUUGCAGUUUAUUGUUGGGACAAAGACCGUUUGAGUACUCAGAUCGGGAUGAUGGGACUGUUCGACCCUUAUCAACCACCACCAUGAAAACAACAGUAUAGAUUUAUUUUGUUAUAGAAUAUAUAAUAUGUUCCCAUAUGAGAAUAUAUCAGAGCAGACUGGUGUUUUCAGCCAAUUAAUAUUGUUAUUAAAGAUCAAUAUACAUUGUCCACUUAGUAUUUUUCUGUAUCAGAAAAUCACUGUUUACCUAGGUGGAUCAGCUCAUUUCAGAUCUGUUUUUAAUUUCGUAUUUCAAAGGAGAACAUGUGAAUCCUUGACAAAAAUAUUUAGCCACAGCUCAACUACAUUUUCUCUCCCCAUCUUUAUUCUUAGCUUUUACAAAUCUGUGAUUGGUACGCAUAUAAACCCAGUCUAAUGGUUAUAACUAUUGGAAAAUAUUUUAAUGAAGCUUCUCAGUGUGUCGGGCUGCCAGAACUACCAAUUUGUCGCUGAAAUUUAAAUUAGGUCAGUAAAAUGACAAAAGCGUCUGCCAUUAAUAUUAUAUGUGUUUUCCAAUCCUAGAUCUACCUGCCAUUAAAUUAGAUUUUGUACCUUUAUUCCCAACCAUAAAAUGUAUUCAUGGUCAGCACGGCUGUCAAAUUAAACUGUUUAAUAUAUCUUUAUGUAAUGAAUUAGUUGUAAAAAUUUUAACCCAUUGUAUUUUUGAUUAUUGCUUCCAUUUGAUGUGUCAAAUUCGACUCUUAAUUAUCUCCAUCUUCAGCAUAAAUUGUCUUGCUGAAAAAAAAAUGUCUUCUUGUGUAUGAACAGGCAGCACUUGUGUCUCUCCCUGUCAAAAAACUAAAUUAUAGAUUUGAUAUUAUCUGUUCUGAGAAAAAUGCUGUGUGAAAUGUGACCUUUGUCCAAUUUGGGAAGAUUUAAUCAUUAGUUUCUUGCAUUUUAAUUCCCAGUCCCUUCAUGGCAGAACUGUUGUUCAGCUAAAACAAGCUACUGUACACACAACUGAGUCCAAAUUGUAAAAUGUGUCUUUAGAUGUAUUUGGCCAGCUUACUCAUCCAAGAUUUAAAUUUUUAGCACGAUAGAAACUCAUUUAUCCUAGGUUUGAUUGGUUCUUUGAAAGCCGCUAACAGAUGUCACGGAUAUUAGAUCUGUCAUAUCUGACAUUUAUUGUACUAGAAGUCUGAUUUUGUCAAAAAUUGUUUCUUUUUUUUGUAGUUGAUGCAACAUGCACCAUCAUUUUCCCUGCCCCAAUUCUGGAUUGUAUGAUUAUUUUAGGUGUCUUUUUUUCGGAAGCUCAUCUUUAUGUGGGUGGCCCCAGACAUGAUUGGAUUGAGAUUUACCAGUGUUGCCCAGUUCUGCUUCAAAUCUGUAUUGGGCUUUGUUUAAAAAGAAAUAAAACACUUCUGUUUUUUUUUUUU